CUAUCUGUUACUAGCUCCAUCCCUGCCGUCUUCCACAUGGUCACCAUCGUGCAACCCACAGUCGAGAUCGUCCUGCACCUCCCCGGUGUGGAUCGGCAGUACCGCAGCGGUCGAGCGCUUCCGUGGCGGUGAGGCUGAUGUGCCGUUGGUACUCUCUCCAUGCUGCUUACUAUGGGUCAUGUUGCCAUUGCUGUUGGCGUUGGUGGGUUCUUGUUGGAGGGGCAGCGGGGGAGCGGCCGCAUUGUGUGGAGAGGGCUGAGCUGUCUUGUCCUCCACGUUGCUGUGCGAUGGGGAAUCUAUAGGUGACACGCACAGGCAGCAUCAUAGGUGACACGCACAGGCAGCAUCAGGCCUUCGUGCAUCCCACUGUUCGAGCGUACAUUUCCCCCUCGAGAAGCCUCUCUUCAUUUGCAGCUUGACUUCUGACGUAUCUUUGAUGACCUCAUCCCUGCACCAAGAACGCACGACGUAAGUCAUCCCAUUCGUGCCAGCCGACCAUUGUGUGUCCAAACGAACCAAUUAUCAAAGAUGAAGUGGCCAAGAACGUCCGUGGCGAUGCCCGCCGAAAAAACCAAAACCACGCCGCUAACCAGUGCCAUGAUCAGCGCAAUGGCGUCAAACUGACCCAACCGUCCGCCAGCAACGAAAGAGAUCCGCAGCACAAAACCCAUCUCCACUUGCUGCACUCACAAGCCACUCAAGGGACAGGCGUCAACAAAGAAGCGUGACACGGGAGUGUGGGGGUCUUACUGAUUGCAUCUGUUCGAGGUUGGGCGACCUCUGCAGGCCAGUAAACCCCCACACGCCCUCCUGCAUCUUCGCAGUGAUGCUACACCUUUUGCUGAAGUCCUGAGUGAGGGGUUGUCAGGCAACAAAAGACAUUCAUGGACACGUACGCCAGGGGUGUGCUACCCAAAAAUUCAGAUUGACGAAGUUCUUAUACUAGCACAUGGAUGGGAAAGAGGAUAAGAAGAAAUGAUAGAUGAUGUUGUACGAACACUCUUGUACCGUAAAGGUGAGCAAGAGCGCUCCGCCAGUGUGUCGAUACCUACACCCAAACACAGGCCACGCCCCCACAUGCCAUUGUUAUCUCCUGCGGAGAAAGUACCGGGCCUCUUUUCCGGGGACCAUGGGAAACCGUUGUGGGUUCAAGUCUUUGGGGGCGUCAGAGAUAUGCGUUGAUUGAUAUACACAUUCGAAACGAAAUGCCAAAUCCAUGUCCUAUGCUUCUUUGUGGAUCACCGUCCAGCGUCUUGUGGGCAGCCUUCAGGAGGUCUCCAACUGUGAACCUCACUAUCUCGCCCUUUUCAAACCGACGAUUGGCUGCACCAAAGGUGUCCACACUACAUAAAAAGUAGCACACACGGCUAAGCAUUGACUGGCGUGCACUUACUGCCCUCCAGCACGCAGGGUAUGUUGAACGUUUCCUCGCCGCCUCCCAGAAAUGACGUGGAUAUCGUGUGAAUGAGUGAGAGCUGGAAUUGUUCCACCCCUGCACACACGCCCUUAAGUAACGCGCGUCCACAAUACAUGCGCAUGCAGCGAGUCGGCAUACCGUACCGUUGACAAAUGUUGUCUCAACACACGGCUUGGUCUGCGUCUCGUUUGUGAGAGGGGACGUGUACUGAUAGGUCCUGCCGUAGAAUGAGGAGAUGGGCUCGUUGAGAUCCAUCGCAUCAAUGGACGCGCAGCCAUCGGUCUCUUGUGCCGUGAUGCGGGAAGUGAACACGAGUGCUUCAUUGCCGCUUAUCCUGUAGAUGUCAGCAGCGUUAAGUGAGGGGCAGCUGAUAUUAGCGAACAGCAGACCACCCGUCGACCCUCCCUUCAGAGGCGCAAACUCUCGCCCUUCCGCAGAGCCGUCGCAGUAUGGCUCAAGGGUGCUUGGCGUCCUACAGACAUGGCCUCAAGUUAAGCGAGCAGGAGUGCAGCCCCGCAGACGAUAGUGUGCUUCUACCUCGCAUUCAGAUCUCCCCAGACGUUGAACGUCCCGGUUGGUGCCUCGAAUCUCGCAUAGGAGUGAAACAGCAGCAUCGAGGUCGCCACAUAGAGAAGGAUGACAGCACAUGACACAAGAAACAGCACCUGGAGAGGAAGACACUCAACGGACACUGGCAAACAGCAGAUACCAUCAGGUCCGCGAUGAGGUGACUUGCUGUCAUACCUUUCUUAUUUGUGGUGUACGCCCUUCCAACCAAGAAGCAUUCGCGGAGCUUGCGAAGCAGUUGACCCAU